CUCGAUGCUACUGGUCCAGUGUGGAUUUAUGUCAGUGUUUUUUGUGAUCAAACCAGUCGAGCUGCAGCAAAAUGACAGCGAAAAACAUCCGCAGCAGUGCUUGGCUGGUACUGCUGGUUGUGGUGUGCGUGGAGGCGGGCAAUUUCAACAUUACCUCUCGCAUAAACGAAGUGCUCAGGAACGAUUCUUCAAUGAUGUUUUAUGUCAAAUGCUUCCUUGACCAAGGUCCAUGUUCGGCAGUCGCUCAACUAUUCAAAAGACUAAUACCUGAGUUCAUGUCAACCAACUGUGUAAAAUGUUCGCUAAAUAUGAAGAAGCUUGUGUGCCAAAUGCUCUUCAAAAUGCAGGAAGAAAAAUUCACUGACCUUUGGGGCGAUUUUCUGGUUAAGUACGAUCCAGAAGAAAAGUACCGAAACCAACUUAGCACCUUAAUGGAUUCCUGUCCAGACGAAUCUGAAACCGACGAUUGAUUCAGCUUUCGAUCGCAUUAUUCAACUAUAUAUUAUAUUGUCCAUUUUACGUUCAUGAUAUUUACUUAUUCACAAUUUUAUGUGCAAGAUCUAAAACUCAAUACGUUGAUUCGUUAAAUAUAUUUUUA